AUGUCUCACGAAAGUGAAUUACCUUCUCUUGACACUACAGAUUCUUCACUACAAAAUGAAAGCAAUUCAGGCCAGUCAACUGAAACACUUUUGUAUAAAGGAAGAGUAUUUACUUCCUGGAAUCAAGCUUUCUACAUUAUUGAGAGUUGGGCGAAGCAACAAGGCUUUAAUAUCAUAUAUAAUCGUGUUGAACGAAACCCUGAUAGAACUUUACGUAAACGCACUAUACAAUGUGAACAUCAAGGUGAUUACAAUACAAAAUCUAAUGGCAAACAAACAAAAACAAAGCGUAUAGGUUGUACUUGGCAUAUUAAUCUUUCAGAACUAUUUUCUAAUAAUCCCUCUAAACAUGUUUAUAUUACUACAUUUAAUAAUACUCAUUCACAUAAUCUUAAUCCUGAUAUUAUUCAAUUUGGAGAUAACAAGCAAAUACCUUCUGAGAUUAUGAAAGAAAUUGAGUUUCUUACUGUUCAGUGUAAAAUGGGAGCUACUUCUUAA